AGCUGGGAUAUCGUGAGCAGUGAUGAGGUGGUAGGUCAGCAUUCUCAGGAUGCUGUAUUGGCACGGAGUGCUAAUGUGAAUGAUUCGAGCUCUUAUUGUCUCUCAUCACAACCUCUGACGUCUACCUCAUUCUCCAAAUGGUCUCCCACCAAUUCUACGGGCUAUCUGACUCCCACUCUCCGUGCUGCUUGGGUCACUGGAACCUUUCUUCAAAAUGUGUCACAACAGUUGGUGAAAACGGUCGGAAGGGCCAUAAACUUCAGGAGCGAGCCCCCGUCUCGUCCACCUCUUUCAGAGGCUGAAUUUCGAUGUUACAUGGAUGGCCUUGGAAGAAUUGUGCAUCCACUCGACUUUUAUCAGAAUGUCUACCUUCGUGGUAUAGAGGUGAGCUUGCGAAAAGUUGCUUGGCGCAUCCUCCUCAAGAUUUACCCAGCUGAAUUCAGUGGGAAUGAGCGUAGGGCGUUUUUGCUUAAGAAGAUUGAGAAAUACGAGCUUUCGAAGAGGACCUGGAAACAAGCCUACCGAGAGGGUCGAUUAACCAAGACUCAAGUAAAUGCAAUAACCUUGGCUUGCGUUGAUGUCGUCCGUACAGAUCGCAAUCAUCCAUUUUACCAUGGAGGUAACAAUCAGAGGGUAUCUCAGCUUUUCAGUAUUCUCGCCACGUACGCAAUUUACAAUCCCGGAAUUGGCUAUCAUCAAGGCAUGUCGAACCUUGCUAGUCUCCUCCUUUACGUGCAAGAUGGUGAGGGCGCAGCGUACGCCUGUCUCUGUGCCCUAAUGCGACGUCUGGCACCGAAAUUUGCUCCGCGCCAAGACCAAAUAACAAUGAUUACCCAAAUGCAGCAUCUCCAUGAUCUCCUUGUUUAUACAGACUACAAUAUGGCACAAUUUUUGCGCAUGCAUAAUCUGGGCAAUAUGUUUUUUACGGAGCGUUGGCUCCUCCUCGAACUUAUUCGCGAAUUUCCCUUUGAAGAGGCAUUGCACAUCUCUGAGGUACAAUGGGCAGCCAUUGCCCUUGUCGCCUCCAAUUGGCCCGAUGUGGGCUCCGAUGCAUUGUACUCACAACUCUCGUCUGAACAAUCAUUUAUUACCUUUGAGGCGGAGGAUAUGCACUACACGCAGUGCGAUACAAAUUUGAUUAACAGUUUAAUUGGUGAUGAAUUCAAAUAUAUUCAUCCAUGUACAAACGGGACGGAGAACGUUGUUGUCCCACCUUCGAUACAUUCCCCCAGUCACAAAAGCCAAGCGACAAAAUCAAUCCAUGAAGGCGAUCCAGUGCAUAUGAAGGAUUGGAUUGUGGAAUUACCCUCACCUGAUGCACUGGGUGGAGGCAGUAAUCCUUUCCUUCUUUUUAUCUGUGUUUCGAUGAUACUGGAAUAUAAAGGGGAGAUUUUGGAGAAGGUUCAUGAGGUUUGUGAUUUAUUUCAUCUUUUUCAAACCUACAAUAAGCGUCACAAAUUGGAAAGUAUUCUUGACCGUGCUCGUGACCUUUUUGAUGCUUACCUGAAGGAUCAGGAGAUGAAACGGCGAAGCAUUUUGGAUUGUUCUAAUUGGAAUAUUCACAAUGCCUAA